CAGAUGGCUACUGCUCCAACUUGUCUAGAUGCGUAGACAUGAACAAACUUACCACGACGACGAGCAUGAAAACUCACGAUGCUCAUGUAAUAAUGCAAAGACUUCUACCAAUUGCACUAAAAGAGAUGCUCCCUGAACACGUAUGGUCCUGCAUUACUGAAAUCAGUUUGUUGUUUCAAUCGAUAUGUUCCAGCGUUUUGGAUGUGGCAUCCCUCCGGAGACUACAAGAGUCUGUUCCCAUUCUGAUGUGUAAUCUGGAAAAAAUAAUGCCACCAUCGUUUUUCGAUACAAUGGAACAUCUCAUAAUACAUCUUCCGUAUGAGGCUUUGACUGCUGGGCCCGUCUUCUAUAGGUGGAUGUACAGAUUUGAAAGAUUUCUAGGAGAGCUGAAAAAGAA